UCCUAUGUAAUUCAACGACAGGCUCCUGUUUCUGAUGGAUGUUCAAGAAUUCAUAAUGAAUUUAUUACUAAAAAAACAAUACGUUAUGCCGAUGUUAGGAACUGUUACAAAAGCUUUCCAUUUGACAAAAAUCUUGCUUCUAAGGUUUGCUCGGCGGAUUCUAUUUACGUAUUUUUGAAUAAAGCAAAUGAACAUCCACCAACCGGGUUUGACUUUAGAUCAGUGGAUAUAAUAGCCGAAUUAAAUAAAGUUUUCAAAGAUCUUACUGACAAAUCUAAUAAUGAUUGUGAAGUAACUCACAUUGAUG